AUGCCUGCUUUUGAUUUCUCCUGGCUGAGCUGCUUUCCUUGGUGGGGAGAGCGGCCUUCGUCCCCUUCUCCAAACGAGAUCCGAUCUGUGUUUCCUUCCACAGAGCCGGACAGGGGUUCGAUCGACAGGUUGGCUCCCCCAAAACAGCCAUACCAAACUCCGGCACCCACGUCUACCGGCUGCCACUUGCAACCACUCGAUCGCCGUCUCUCCUUUAAGGCUAAUAAUUUCAAAUGUGCCAACAACCUACAAACCCCGUCCCGCUCACAGCCGCAGCUGGAGGGGUGUUCCGCGCCCUCGCCGUCAUUAGAUGAAGCAUACUUCAACCCCAUCGGCUGUGCCCCAUACGGGCGCAAGGAAGUGGGUAGCUCCACACUCCCACGUCGCCAUCCAAGUGCGGGUUCUAGGGGACAGAAUCUCGACCACCCGGUGAGCCCGUUCUCCUCGGUACCGAAUAGCCGAAAGAGCCCAGGCAGCAGCGCGCGCCCAUUACAUUCAGACAAGGUGCAUAGUUCUUUUAUGGACCUUGAGAGCCCUCCUGAGAAAACACUGUGGGAUAAGUUAGCGAGGCGCUUCAACGGGAAAUCGUUAACCCUGGCGCCGAGCUAG